AGGGCCAAGGCUCGCCCCCGCCCCCUCCUCACCUCCCCUUCGCGGGUGUGAGCUGAGCGGCCUCGGCUCACCGCUUAGCGCCUCCCUCAGCCGCUGCCGCCGCCGCCGCCGCCUCCGCCUCCGCCCGCUGGCCAUGUCCUCCGGCCGCCGCCGCCGCCGCACGAGCGCGGGGCUCCCGCGGCCCAGCGCGCAGUGAGAGCGGGGCCCUCUUGCCGUUCGCCCGCCCCGGGGCCCCCUUGUUCUCAGCGCCGCCGCCGCCGCCAUGUUGGGUUCAGAGCCGCAGCGGAGCCGCCGCCGCCGCCGCCGGUGAGGGAGGCCGAGAGCGGAGCCCGCCCCGCCCCGGGGCCCAGGGAGCGGGGCCGCCUCGGAGCCCGGCCUCUCCCCGCCAGCCGCCUUCCCGGCCCGCCCGCCCGCCCGCCCGCGGUGUGAGCGAGCGAGCGAGCGCCGGGCCGCGCCUUCCGUUCCCGGCCUGAGCGAGCCCGCCGUCCGUUCGUUCCCCCGCCGCCGGGCCCGGUCAUAUCCUGCAGCGGAGCCCUCCAGAGUCAGCGCCAUGGCGGAGCAGACCUACUCGUGGGCCUAUUCCCUGGUGGAUUCCAGUCAAGUGUCUACAUUUCUGAUUUCCAUUCUACUUAUAGUCUAUGGUAGUUUCAGGUCCCUUAAUAUGGACUUUGAAAAUCAAGAUAAGGAGAAAGACAGUAACAGUUCUUCUGGGUCUUUCAAUGGCAACAGCACCAAUAAUAGUAUCCAAACUAUUGACUCUACCCAGGCCCUGUUCCUUCCAAUUGGAGCAUCUGUCUCUCUCCUAGUAAUGUUCUUCUUCUUUGACUCAGUUCAAGUAGUUUUUACAAUAUGUACAGCAGUUCUUGCAACGAUAGCUUUUGCUUUUCUUCUUCUCCCGAUGUGCCAGUAUUUAACAAGACCCUGUUCACCUCAGAACAAGAUUUCCUUUGGUUGUUGUGGGCGUUUCACUGCUGCUGAAUUACUAUCAUUCUCUCUGUCUGUCAUGCUCGUCCUCAUCUGGGUUCUCACUGGCCAUUGGCUUCUCAUGGAUGCCCUGGCCAUGGGUCUCUGUGUCGCUAUGAUCGCCUUCGUCCGCCUGCCCAGCCUCAAGGUCUCCUGCCUGCUUCUCUCAGGGCUUUUAAUCUACGAUGUCUUUUGGGUGUUUUUCUCUGCCUACAUCUUUAAUAGCAACGUCAUGGUGAAGGUGGCCACACAGCCGGCUGACAAUCCCCUUGACGUUCUAUCCCGGAAGCUCCACCUGGGGCCCAAUGUUGGGCGCGAUGUUCCUCGCCUGUCUCUGCCUGGAAAACUGGUCUUCCCCAGCUCCACUGGCAGUCACUUCUCUAUGUUGGGCAUUGGAGACAUCGUGAUGCCUGGACUCCUGUUGUGCUUUGUCCUUCGUUACGACAACUACAAAAAGCAAGCCAACGGUGACUCCUGCAGUGCCUCUGGACCCGCCAACAUCUCCGGACGCAUGCAGAAGGUUUCCUACUUUCACUGCACCCUCAUUGGAUACUUCGUAGGUCUACUCACUGCUACUGUGGCGUCUCGAAUUCACCGAGCAGCCCAGCCCGCCCUUCUCUAUUUGGUGCCAUUUACCUUAUUGCCACUCCUCACGAUGGCCUAUUUAAAGGUGAGAGAGGCAGUUAUAAACCAGUGAAAGCAAUAACAUGGCAUUGACCCUGGACUUGGGGUGACCUACGGCGGAUGUGGUCUGAGCCAUUCCACUCCAAGUCCAGCAGCUCCCGAUUCCUGGAAGUAUGAUGGAUCACAGAGAGCGACCAGAAUGGCCUCUCAGUCUUUUUCUGUCCACGUGUGGUUUUGUUUCCUCUUAGAGCUGGCCUGGUACUCGGAGAUCUACCUGUCUAAGGACUGCCAUGUGACCGGAUUAUGCAUUUGCAGGAGCGAGGUGCUGGAGCCUGCGUGGUUCCUUCUCUUCCUGCCGUUGGAGAGGUGGAGCCCCUCCUGAAGUGACAGGCCUUCCCCAGCACUCCUCCCUCCCCCGUUUUUAUGGAUCUGCACCAGACUGUUAACCUUUGGGGGACGGAGAUGUGACUGUUUAAACUGACAAGGGCAAGGAGUUGUUCUAUACCUUUGAACACUAAAAGGAUGAAAAACAUUAGCGAACUGGUUUCCUCAGUGAACCCUCAAGAACUUUUGGGACCAGUUUCCUAUGGGGGACUCAGUUUCAGAGAACUGAGACAGAAACUCUUCUGUCAUUAUAUUCUUCUUUCCGUUUUUUGGAUUUAUUAAAUAUUUUCUGUGGUGUGAAGUGACUUAUUAAAUCCACAGACACUGAGUGACUUCUUACAACAUACACAUAAGAAUUUGUUGUAAUGAGUUCACGUCCACCCAGAUGUUGUGUUGGCAGUGAACGAGGGCACGGUUUUUAUACAUACAUACACACACAUGCACAUGGAUAUAUAUGAAUAAACAAAAAUUAAAACCUGCUAAGAUCAUGCUGUAUAGCAGACAGGGGCUUGCUGUAAUUUUUAGCAUGUAGAGCAGUUCACUCUGGCUUCCUUGUAUAUGGAUAAGCGGCUGUCUUUCCCUCCACAACUGAACGUGCAGUUAAAAAACAGUAUAGUAUUUGUACUGAUAUACUCAUGGACUUUAGGGGAUGCUCGUUUGGUUUUUGAUCAGUGUAGCAAAUUAGGGAUGAAAAGUUAAAACUUUCUGGCCCUUUUUUCAUUUUUACAGGCUUCUCCCUUGCAGGGUUUUUGAUAGUUUCUUCUUGAACCAGUGCAUGUAUUAUAGCAGCAGGUGUCUUUGUGCUUUCUGAUCAUAGUAAUGUACUACUUGUAAAUACAUUUUUCUAUUUUCUAUUUUUUUGUAUUUUUUUUUUUGGCAUUUUGUUUCAUUGGUGUGCUGUAUUUUCCAUGCCCUCACUCCUUUAAGAAAAAAAAAGGAAAAAAGCAACACGAUCCUGUCCUUGCUGUUGUGAUUAUAGUCUUGGUUUACCUGUUGUGACAACUGGGUUUUGGGGACAAAUGUCAAACACCCCCGGAGAUGGGCCCUACGUUCCAGGAAUUGUGGCAAGAAUGAGCUGCUGUGACCCUUAAAUCUGCCCGUGUGCUGUGGCCUUGGCUGGAGACCCAGUGUCCCAGCAGUGACUAGUGGGAGUGGUGUCCACAGCCUGAGGGGAAAUUGCCCGUUGUUUGGAGGCAGAGAGAAGCCGGGGAUUGGCCUGCCCACCUGAGAGCAGGGGUUGGAGAAGGGCCCAUGUUUCCUGGGCUCUCCCUUAAGCAGGUGACCUGUGUAUAAACUGGGGCGCUGUGGGCCCCAUGGCUGGAGGUCGCAGUGGGUGGCACUCACAGGUGGUGCACGUGGCAGUAAGGAUGGUGUGCUCCUCCGUCAUGUCUUCAGAUCCUGCUGAAGGCUGUAUGUUUUUUGUUGUUUUGUUGGUUUUUUUUUUUUUUUU